GCAUUUGGGGGCAAAAAGGUGUGACAGGUGCCAUGAUUAUAGGUCGCCCUGGAAGCACCAGAGUUGGUGAUUGGCCGUGGAUGCAUAAUAGUAGCGUAUGCCGUAUGCAACUGACAUCCACGGCGAUAUUCCGACUCUGCCACGCCGUUUCUGUGGACCCCAACCAAUAUCUCUCUACCCUUCGCGCUAUAUAGACGUGCCUGGUGCCUUACAACUACCCAUCUUUCUCUCUUAUCUGAAGAAAUGGCAAAAGGAGCGGUAACGGCUUAAAAUUUAGCGCUCUCCGCGUCUAUCGUUCACUCUUCCUGCGGUACUCUUCAGCUCGGAUUAGUCAGCCAUGUCUCCUAGCAAGCUGAAUCCAACUGAUUCCUGUGAACAUGGAGAUGAAAGUAGUUCAUAUCCGCAGUCAGAUAAUGGAUUUCCUGAUUCAGUUUCUCUCAUCCAUUCUGAGAAGGCAGUGCAGGAACUUCUUCAACAGACUCCAAUUCAGGGAACUGACGAUCAUCUUAUAGAGUUCUCUGAGGCUUUAAGAACUGUUGCAAAGGCUUUGAGACGAGCUGCUGAAGGAAAGGUUGCUGCUCAAGCUGAGGCUGCUGAAUGGAAGCGUCGAUUUGAACUGGAGAGUGCGCGGAAUCUACAGUUGGAGCAUAGAGAGCGAAUACAAGGGGAGUGUGAUCGUGAUUUUAACGACAAGAAAAUUGAGAACUCUGCCAACAAACCUGUGAUGUGGAAUCAAACACAUGAACGAUCUGAAGAUUGUUGUAUGGAGCAUGGAAUUUGUUCUCACGAGGUUCUUCGGGAUGGGGGAACUGAUUCUGAUUCCAAUAUGGUAAACAAAAUGAUGCGGAAGGCAUCAUUUAAACUUUCGUGGUGGUGCAAAGGCGAAAACGAUGAUCAGCACAAGCAUGACAUUGUGUCAUUUGAAAGAGGAAAUAUUACAACCGCAGAGCGCAGCAGUAAACAGAUAUCUUUGAAGUGGGAAUCUUGUCCGCAGACUGUUCUUAUUUUGACCAAACCAAAUUCAACUUCAGUUCGCAUCCUAUGUGCCGAAAUGGUCAGAUGGUUGAAAGAGCAUAAAAGGUUGAACAUUUUUGUCGAACCACGUGUCAGAGGUGAACUUCUGGCUGAGUCUUCUUACUUCAGCUUUGUGCAGACGUGGGAUGAUGACAGAGAAAUUUUGCGACUGCACAUGAAAGUUGACCUCGUGGUAACUCUUGGUGGGGAUGGAACCGUUCUUUGGGCAGCAUCGAUGUUUAAAGGACCAGUUCCUCCUAUUGUCCCAUUUUCAUUAGGUUCUCUUGGCUUUAUGACUCCGUUCUACAGUGAACAUUACAGAGACUGCCUUGAUUCAGUCCUACGGGGCCCCAUUAGUAUAACAUUACGACAUCGGUUGCAGUGUCAUGUUGUUCGAGAUUCAGCCAGAAAUGAGUAUGAAACUGAAGAACCUUUUCUUGUUCUGAAUGAAGUUACAAUUGACCAUGGAAUUUCGUCAUUCCUCACAAAUUUAGAAUGCUAUUGCGACAACUCCUUCGUCACUUGUGUGCAAGGAGAUGGGUUAAUUUUAUCAACAACAUCAGGUAGCACUGCUUACUCAUUGGCAGCUGGAGGAUCAAUGGUCCAUCCCCAGGUACCUGCCAUCCUCUUUACACCAAUUUGUCCACAUUCUUUAUCGUUUCGGCCUCUGAUAUUACCUGAGCAUGUUACAGUCCAAGUUCAAGUCCCUUACAAUAGCAGAAGCCCUGCCUGGGUAUCUUUUGAUGGAAAGGACAGGAAACAAUUGGCUGCCGGGGAUGCCCUUGUGUGCAGCAUGGCACCUUGGCCUGUGCCUACAGCAUGUCAAGUGGAUUCGACAAAUGACUUCUUGCGCAGCAUCCACGAGGGCCUUCACUGGAAUCUGAGAAAGAUCCAGUCUUUUGAUGGCCCUCGGGAACAAUAACUAUUUGUCUUAGUUUAAUUUUCUGGUUUUCUUGUAUAAAUUGAAACCAGUCAUGCCAUAGUUGGAAUGCUGGAUAUCUUUUACUAUGUUUGAGGCUUAGCCUAUUAAUCUCUGUGUAGGAGGGGUAAUUAAUUUAAGAUGGUUUUCUUCUUGUUUUCGCCAAAGUAAAAAGUGCAGGGUAUCUUGAGAUCAAGAUUCAGCCUGUCUGAAGAAUGUGCAAGACUCUUGUACAAUUAAAACCAAAUUGUUGAAUGUAUAGCUUUGUAUCU